GUGCAGAGGUCAGUGUAGAGCGCGCGCGCACGCGAUGUUGACAAGUGACAUGGCUUUGCUGUUCGCUGCUGCUCCGAUCAGUCCGGGUUUAUUAACGGCUCCGCGCUGAACCGCAGCGUCUCUCCACCUCCUCCUCCUGCACACCUCCUCCUCUCCAUCUCCUUCUGCACCUCCUCCUCCUCCUGCUCUCUCAGGAGAGCCGGGCUGAUGAGCGCUGGGGGCUGGUGGUGUGUGCUCUCUGGCUGGUGAUAUGGAGGCUCUUCCUCCGGACAGCGGGAGGAUGGAGGCUUGGCUCGACGACCAUGUGGACUUCGCUCACUCGUACUUCGUGCGGAAAGCGAGCCGGGAAAUGGUCAACGCCUGGUUUGCUGAGCGAGUCCACUCCAUCCAGCCCUCCAGAGAGGGGUCCAAAGCCCUUCCAGAACCCCUCAACUCCCUCCCCACCUCAGGCCCCACUGAAGCUCCUUCACCCAGUCCGGCUCCGUCCACCCCCACCCGCAAAAUCUCUGCCUCGGAGUUCGACCGGCCUUUGCGGCCCAUCGUGGUGAAAGACGCGGAGGGCUCCCUCACCUUCCUCAGCGACACAGAGAGGGUGCAGAUGCCACCUCCGACCUCCCAGAAGCUCAGCUCAGGAGAGGGUCCGGACGAGGGUGGAGGUAGAGGGGGGGACCGCUGCGCCCGUCUGCUGGAGCUCGUUCGGGACGUCUCGAGCCACUUGGACCUGACAGCCCUCUGUCACAGGAUCUUUUUACACACUCACGAGCUCAUCGCAGCAGACCGCUACUCCUUAUUUCUGGUGUGUGAGGACAGCUCCAACAAAAAGUUCCUGGUCAGCCGACUCUUUGACGUCGCCGAGGGCUCCACUCUCGAGGAGGCCUCAAACAGCGGCAUCCGCCUGGAGUGGAACAAAGGUAUAGUCGGCCAUGUGGCGGCUACAGGCCAACCCCUCAACAUCAAGAACGCGUACGAGGAUCCCCGAUUCAAUGCAGAGGUGGACCAGAUCACAGGGUACAAGACUCAGAGCAUCCUGUGUAUGCCCAUAAAAAACCACAGAGAGGAGGUCGUUGGUGUGGCACAAGCAAUCAAUAAGAGGUGCGGAGAGAACAGCACCUUCACAGAACAAGAUGAGAAGGACUUUGCCUCCUACUUGGCUUUCUCUGGUAUUGUUCUACACAAUGCACAGCUUUAUGAGACAUCACAGCUUGAAAACAGGCGGAAUCAGGUGUUGCUGGAUCUGGCCAGUCUUAUUUUUGAAGAACAGCAGUCGUUGGAAGUCCUGCUGAGGAAGAUUGCUGCCACCAUCUUGUCUUUCAUGCAGGCUCAAGAAUGCACUGUAUUCACUGUUGAUGGUGAAACGUCGAACGCUUUCUCCAGCGUGUUCCACAUGGAGUACGAGGAGCUCGCAGGGUCCAUGGAGUUCCCGAACAGGGACGGUGAUGUGAGCAAGAUUAACUACAUGUAUGCCCAGUACGUGAAGAACACCAUGGAGCCGCUCAACAUUCCUGAUGUCACUAAAGACCAGCGAUUUCCCUGGACUAGUGAGAAUCCAGACUCGCCAAACUACCAUGUGAAGAGCUUGUUAUGCACACCAAUCAGGAAUGGCAAAAAGGACAAAGUUAUCGGUGUCUGCCAGUUGGUCAACAAAAUGGACGAAGCCACAGGUCAGGUAAAGGCCUUUAACCGGAAUGAUGAGCAGUUUCUAGAGGCCUUCGCAAUCUUUUGUGGGCUGGGCAUCCAGAACACGCAGAUGUAUGAGACGGUGGAGAGGGCCAUGGCCAAGCAGGAAGUCACACUUGAGGUUCUUUCUUAUCAUGCCUCCGCUGCAGAGGAGGAGACACGGGCGCUCCAGGUAACUGCGGCAGCCACUGUUCCCUCAGCUCAGUCUCUGAGACUGAUGGACUUCAGCUUCAGUGACUUUGACCUCUCAGAUGCUGAGACCACCCAGGCUGCCAUCCGCAUGUUUGUGGACCUCAAGCUUGUGCAGAACUUCCAGAUGAAGUACAAGAGCCUGUGUCAGUGGAUAUUAAGCGUGAAGAAGAACUACAGGAAGAACGUGGCCUAUCAUAACUGGCGGCAUGCCUUCAACACUGCGCAGUGCAUGUUCGCCAUACUCAGAUCUGGCAGAUUACAGAAUAACAUGAGUGACUUGGAGAUUUUGGCCCUGAUGAUUGCAACACUGAGUCACGAUUUGGACCACAGAGGUGUCAACAACUCAUUCAUCAAGAGGAGUGACCAUCCUCUGGCCCAGCUCUACUGCCACUCCAUUAUGGAGCAUCACCACUUCGACCAGUGCCUCAUGAUUCUCAACAGUCCUGGCAGUCAAAUUCUAAGCAGCCUUUCUCUGGAGGAGUACAAAACCACGCUGAAGAUGAUCGAGAAGGCUAUCUUGGCCACUGACCUGGCCGUCUACAUGAAGAGGAGAACGGAGUUCUUUGAACUCACAAAGAACAGUCAGUUUGUCUGGGAGGAUGAAUGCCACAGAGACUUGCUGAAGUCUAUGCUGAUGACGGCAUGUGAUAUCUCUGCUAUUACGAAGCCCUGGCCUGUACAAAAGAGGAUUGCAGAGCUUGUCGCCACAGAAUUCUUUGAGCAAGGGGACAAAGAACGAAGAGAGCUGAACAUUGAACCCAUUGAUCUGAUGAACAGAGAAAAGCGUGAUAAGAUUCCCAGCAUGCAGGUGUCUUUCAUAGACGCUAUUUGCACACAGUUGUAUGAGACACUGGCCAGUAUAUCAGACUCCUGCUCCCCCCUGCUGGAGGGCUGUAGGAAGAACAGGCAGAAUUGGAAACUCUUAUCUGAGCACGGCGAGGAGGCGGCCUUACUGAACGGAGGACUUUAAACCCAUAAUUCAUGACCAACACGGAUCAGCCCAUCUGCAACUGCAAGACAAACUCCUUCCUUCACUAAUGAAGCUUAGCUGUGAAGGUUUAAGCAACUGAUAAUUCAGUCAUGAUUUCUGCUACACAGCGAGUUUGCAGUAGUGAUGCACCAAAAUCAUUUUUUGGGGGCCAAAGCUAAAACCAAACAAAAGGAAACAAAGAUUUCAUUUUUUUUGGUUAUUUACCUACAGUUUGCUUUUCAGGAAAGCUGAAAAAAAUCCUAAAAUAAUUUUGUCAUUGUGACCUAAAAUCAGCUAAAAAAAAUGAAAAAAGUCAUUAUUCUGUAUAAAGAUUUCGGACGUUUCGAUUAUUCCACUGAAAAAAACAAGUUCAGUUUGUUUUUCUGUUUUUUGCCAUUUUCGGUUGCCAAAUAUGGUGCAUCCCUAGUUAGCAUUUAAUGCAGUUUUGACUUGAGAAUCAGUACAAUCCUGCUGGUUACAACUCGCUCUGACGGAAGGAGGACUGCAGCACUGAAGCAAUGUGUUCCACUCUAUACAAAUCAAAAGUUUGGCUGUGUCUGUGUGGUUGUAAUCUAUUUAAAUCAAUAACACAACCUCUCGUAGAUUCUAAAAGUGAGGGCUGAUUUACGCUGAACGCUAUUGGCCUUGAGAAUCAAUUGUUUCCGCUUGUCUAGUCACUGAAAACUCUCUAAGAAGGCUCUACAGAAGGGAGACAGGCUCAUGUUUCAAAUUAAACAGCAAAUAAAACACAAGAACUGCUUCCUCUAAACAGCAUAAAUCGGCAUAACUCUGAAAGACACAUACACGUGUACUCGAGCGCAGGGUAGCCAUCACUUGCUUUGACCUUUCCAGGUGAUAUAAAUCACUGCGUACAGUGCGAGACCUGAUGAAAGAGAGCAAGUGAAGAACAGAAAGAAAGAUUUUUGUGUGUCAUUCCAGACUCUACUUAGCCUCUAUGUGUGAGGGCGUUGAUACAGAGCUCUAUUUAUUGUUUUAGGCCCGUCUUGGGCUUUAUCUGUAGCUCACUCACUGAAACGACGAAACAGAGAAGUAGAUGCACAAAAGAACAUAACUUAUUUCUCACUAAAGUGCACCAUAGAGCUAAGCUAACAUAGGCAACUGCAACCGUACACGUCCACUUCAGAUAUACAGAGGAAUGUUUUCGAUUUUUGUCACUUUGUGUUACGAUUUUCACAUGUCUUUUGUAUAUUUAUUAACUUUAUAUCAAGUCUUGUUUUAUGUGGUGAGAUUUUUGGUUUCUUAUGUCUACAUGAAAAACUCUUGCAUAAAACUGUUGAAGGGAAAAAUAUAUAUUUAAUUAUUCA